GUGAGGAGAGUGAUGUCAUCAUGUUCGAUGCGUUCAAGUGGAAUGUGCCACCGGUAGCGAUCAGCGUGGAUUUUGGACACACUCACACCCGGCUUUCUCUUCAACUUCAUGAAAUCUACUUGAAUACGAUUCUGUGUUAUAGUACUGCACAAUGAUUAUUUUUUCGCAAUAACUUGGAGGCUUCUCUGAGACAGUGUACGCUAAACGAACCAAGAAAACGACACAGCAUGCUGCGUGCGCUACUUUUCUUUCAUCCAUAGGCUACAUUUGCUUCAGAAGUUUUCUCCCCAAAUACCAACAGUUCCAUGGACGAUAUUUGAGAAAAGCGGAUGGUCUCCAUUACGGAAUACAAUUGGCGACUGAAUGAAUUGAGGCCAAACACAGAAAGGAAACAGUUGAUUCCGCACUACGAACUGAAAUCAUUCGCAUUCUUUGUCGCUAUUCACGUGAUGUGUGUAACAGUACUGAUCUUCCAGAGGUGGAGAUCAUCAGUCUGCUGGAGGAGCAGCUGCCCCAUUACAAGCUGAGAGCAGACACCAUCUACGGGUAUGACCACGACGACUGGCUCCACACCCCUCUCCUCUCCCCCGACACCAACCUGGACCUCACCGUGGAGCAGAUUGAGGAGACUCUGAAGUAUUUCCUUCUAUGUGCUGAAAGAGUGGGCCAGAUGACUAAGACGUACAGUGACAUAGAUGCUGUUACUCGUCUGCUUGAAGAGAAAGAACGGGACUUGGAGCUCGCCGCCCGCAUCGGCCAGUCACUACUGAAGAAGAACAAAACCCUCAGUGAGAGGAAUGAAUUCCUGGAGGAGCAAGUGGAGCACAUUCGAGAGGAGGUUUCUCAGCUGCGCCAUGAUCUGUCUAUGAAAGAUGAGCUUCUCCAGUUCUACACUAGUGCAGCAGAGGAGAGUGAAGGAGAUUCGUCCACCUGUACCCCCAUCCGCCACAAUGACUCCACACUGUCGGUGCCAAGAUACUUCCCCCUGGACUCACUGCAGAAGAAACUCAAAGACCUGGAGGCAGAGAACAUCUCUCUCAGAUCAGAGGCCAGUCACCUGGAGACGGAGACAGAGGAGUACGAGGAGAAGGAGCAGCAGCUGGUCAACGACGUCGUCAAAGAGCUGAGAGAUGCCAACCACCAGAUGUCCACCCUGGCGGAGGAGCUGGCGAGGAAGACUGACGACGGGUCUCGCCAGCAGGAGGAGAUCACACACCUCCUGUCCCAGAUCGUAGACCUGCAGAAGAAGUCCAAGUCUUAUGCAGUGGAAAACCAAGAGCUCACCCAGCAUCUAGGGGCUGCCAAAGAUGCCCAGCGCCAGCUCACUGCUGAGCUGAGGGAGUUGGAGGAUAAGUAUGCAGAGUGUAUGGAGAUGCUCCAUGAGGCCCAGGAAGAGCUGAAGAACCUCCGGAAUAAAUCACUACCUCUCAGUACACCCCGACGCUUCCACUCCCUGGGCCUGUUCCCUAUGGUGUCAGAUGUUAACAGCAUUGUUUAUGCCGAGGGGGACUCUCUAGCUGCUGAGAUUGAGGGCACCAUGAGGAAGGGGCUGGCUAUGGAUGACCCGGAAGUGGAAGAGCAGAAGUUGCACCCCAAGCGUGUGUUUGAGACUGUGAAAAACAUUAACCUGAUGCGUCAGCGCUCCUCUCUGGCCCCGUCUCCCAUGAACAUCCCCGGCUCCAACCGGUCGUCCUGUCUGAACUCUGGCCGCUCCAGCUGCCUGUCCACGCCCCGCUCCAGCCUGUACGGAGGAGAUAUGGGGAGCAUCCUCAUAGACAACCACACCAACAGCUUCAUACUGGAGACGCCUGACCACAGUAUGGAUGACUCCAACAAGAAACCAGGGACCCCUGGAACGCCGGGCUCUCAGGAUCUGGAAGCAGCCCUGCGACGUCUCUCCCUGCGGCGGGACAACUACCUGAGCGAGCGGCGGUUCUUCGAGGAGGAGAGGGAUCGGAAGCUCCAGGGGCUGGUGGAGAAGGGAGAGGUGUACAACGGCAGUAUGACCCCCACAGAGAGCAUCAUGUCCCUGGGAGGAACUCACCCCUCUUCCAUCUGGUCUGGGUACUCCUUCAGCUCCCGCUCCUACCUGCCGGAGAAGCUGCAGAUCGUCAAGCCACUGGAAGGCUCGGCCACCCUGCACCAGUGGCAGCAGCUGGCCCAGCCCAACCUGGGUGGGAUCCUGGACACGCGGCCUGGUGUGGUCACUAAGGGCUUCCGUCCUCUGGAACUAGACCUGGAGCACAUGUACCUGUUCACUGACUUUGAGGAGGAGGACUUUGAGGUAGUGGAGGAGUCUGACCACCUGUCUGUCUCAGGCUCUACCCCCGACUGUAGUGGCAUCUCCAUCCUCAGCCGGCAGGGCCUCCGUACCCGCUCCUCCUCCUGCUCCUCCUCCUGCAGCGGCAGAUCCAUCAACAACAACCUUCCAGAGGGAGAAGCCAGGGAAGAGGGCGAGACAGGCCCAGGCAGCACAUCACUGUCGUCCCAUGCACCUCCAGACAGCGAGAACCAGGAGAACCAGGAUCAGGCUGCAGCCGCUGACGGGGUGUCUGCCCACUUCCCUGGUAAAUGCAUGUCCAACACCAGCUCCACCUAUACCUUCACCACCUGUCGGAUCAUGCACCCCUCAGACGAGCUGACCAGAGUCACCCCCAGCCUUAUGUCGGGCCCUACUGCCUCCUGCAUCAUGACCAGCAGCAGCAGCGUCAGAUCUACCCCCUGCUCAACUCCUUGCACCCCGCGCCGCCUCAGCCUGGCAGCCGAGUCCUUCACCAACCUGAGAGACUCCACUAAGACAAUGAGCACUAGUGGAGGUCUGGUGCGGCUCCUCCAGGAGCGAGGCAUCUCUGCAGCAGUCUACAACCCUCAGAGCUGGGACCGGGCAGACUGUAGCACCUCCAUCCCCACUGGGGGGCUACCGUCGCUUCUACCGCCGCGGCCCCCCGACACCCUACCCUCCACGCCGCCCAACUCCCCAACCCACCGCUCCCUCUGUGCCAAACCCAGCAGCCCCGUGGGCCCCUUCGAACUCAGUCCUAGCGCCCCGCCCUAUGACAACUUCCUGGCAUCGAAGCCGGCCAGCUCCAUCCUGAAGGAGGUGAGGGCAGAGGCCCAGAGCAGUGAGUCAGCAGACAGCGAGUGUCAGACUGACGUCAGCGUCCACAAUCUGAAGCUGGUGGACAAGCUGAAGCGCUUCAGCGUGGCUGGGGCCGGCCCCUCUGUAACAGGGGCCACGGGGCCCACCAUGCUGGGACCCCUCAGCGGCCUCCACCGCCCUUCCCACUUCUGCCCUUCUGUGGUGACCAGUCCCAUAGGGGGCCUCGGCCCCGCUCUGAACGCAGGCAUCCGCCGUAACCGCAGCUACCCGGCCAUGGUAGGGGCCGGCAUGGCUAUGAAGGGCCCGGGGCCCCAAAGCCCCACAGACAUGCUCCUGGCUUCUUCCUCCAAGCUCCCCAGACAGACUAGUCUCAGUGAUGGAUGAAUGAAUGUUGACUUUUCUCUUCUGUCUGUCACCUGUCAGAUGAGUUGGAUGUAUAUAUAGCUGCUGUAUGAGUCCCCGGUCUAUGACAAAUCAACUCUGUGCCUGAAAGAGAUGCCCUUUCUUUUUACAGUGCAUUUUGUAUCAAUGCUAAUUAUUUUGUCUUCCUUUCUCUAUUCUGUCUCGCUCUCUCUUCUCUCCUGUCCUCUUUCUCUAUUCUGUCUCUUCUCUCCUGUCCUCUUUCUCUAUUCUGUCUCUCUCUUCUCUCCUGUCCUCUUUCUCUAUUCUGUCUCUCUCUCUUCUCUCCUGUCCUCUUUCUCUAUUCUGUCUCGCUCUCUCUUCUCUCCUGUCCUCUUUCUCUAUUCUGUUUCUCCUCUCCUGUCCUCUUUCUCUAUUCUGUCUCUCUCUCCUCUCCUGUCCUCUCUUUCUCUAUUCUGUCUCUCUCUCCUCUCCUGUCCUCUCUUUCUCUAGUCUGUCUCUCUCUCCUCUCCUGUCCUCUCUUUCUCUAUUCUGUCUCUCUCUCCUUUCCUUUCCUGUCCUGUCCGCUCCUCUCCUCUGUCCUCUUUUCUCUCUGCUUACAAGCCUCAGUAAAUAGUACCAUGAUGUGUUAUUGUUUAAUUGUUGAUUGGCCCUGCAGAUCGGUAGGCUGAAGCAGAUGUACUGUAGCACCUGUUAUCUGUUUAGGAAACGGAGCACUUCCAAGCCCAGGUAAACUCAUAUUAAACAUCUAUUUUAUUCCCAGGUCUAAACGUAUACAUGUAGAGAUAAAGCACUGUCUCUUCUUGUUAAUUAGCUAAUGAGUGGCAAGCAGUACCAACGAUCACACCUUAAGUGGUAUUUAAGGGUGUUCAGUGACAUCAUGACAAUAUGCACAUAACGAAGACCUUUAUUGAGGAAAUGAAAUGUUGGAGGUACAGUAUUUAUACUACUAGCUAGCACAAUACUGGGCAACAACACAUGUUAUUCACCUCAAAGUUGAUCCAAAUAAAGAGUGGGAAGGAUCCACACUUGAAGCUAAGAGGGAUGCAUGGAUGUUUGCCGUGAAUGAAUAAGCUGUGGUUUGAACUUGGAUACAUUGUAACAGACCAACAUGAUUUAUAGACAUUUGUGUGCAGUGCGAGUAUGUGAGCAUGUGUGUGUGUAUAACGUUGUAGAAGGAUUUACCUAUAGGCCUAGAUAGUCUAAGAAAGGAGUCAUUUGGUUAAGGUGAUAAUCAGAUAUACAGGACAUUUCAUCCAGGGCCCACUAACUGCUGUCUCCCAAUACAAAAGGUGUGUAGAAGAGUUCUCUGGGAGGGACGCGGUUGACUUUUAUGAGAGAAACAUUAUACAAGUUAGCUUUUUCUUCUGACUUUCAUCUUUCUGGUAACAAGCUUUGGUGAGUGAACUGUUAGCUUUAAACUAAAGCCACUGUACUGUAAAUGAAGUUGUGGAACGGAGAGAUGGAGGGAAUACGUCCUAGUGCCUCAUACUUUACAUAGUUCCAUUGUUGUUGGACUGACUGAUCUGUCUGGUUCCUCCCUGGUAUGAGCAGACAACUGCUUUGUGUUCUGAGGUUAUCAUCCUCCUCGAGUUUUAACUUGAACUGCAGAGAAGAUGAGCUCUCAUUACAUCUUGGAUAGAUGCAGUAUAUGUGUUGAAAUAAAGAAGAAACGCCUAGUAUUUAUCAUUAACUCCUGACAAAAGUAGAGAUUGGUCCUUGCUGACAUUGUGUGUAACUUGAAUAGCCUUUGAAUGUAUUGAUUAACAGCAGAAAAUAUGUCCAUAUGUGUCUGUUGAUUUAAAGGAUGCUUUUACUGCAUUUCAACCACAAAGGGAAUUAUUAUUAUACUACUUGUACAUUGUAAAUGGUAUGUAUGCAAUGUAUUUAGCCAUGUUAACUCUUUUUUAAUAAACUAGAAUAUAUAUAUAUAUAAGGGACAAAAUGUUGUUCAUGCCAUGAAGUGGUCAGAACACUGGUUUAAAAACAAGGGUUUUGUGUUCCAGAAUUUCAAAAGCACCAAUUUGCAAAAAAAAGGCUAUUAUCAAUAAAACAAUUGAUAUGAA